CCAGCGGGUGGGUGGGCGCUUCCCUCCGCUCCCCGCGACACUUUGCAGACGCUCCCCGGCGCCGGGAAUGGGCGCCGCCGCCGCCGUCGGUCCCCGGGCCGGAUUCCGCGCGCGGGUGGUGCCCCUGAGGCGCUCAGCUGCCCGGGUCCGCUGGAGGCCGCGCCAUGAAUGACCGAAACAGCCGGAAGAGGACACUGAAGAAGGACAAUGAGGCCUUCGAGAUCUCCAUCCCCUUCGACGAGACGCCCCACCUAGAGCCACAGCUCUUUUACAGUCUGAGUCCUUCUCGGGGAAACUUCGAGGAGCCUCCGGAGGCCGCAUCGCCGCCAGUGGCCCUGAUGAACGGGGUCAGGGCCCAGCUGCACAUGGCCCUGGAGAGGAACUCGUGGCUGCAGAAGCGCAUUGAGGACCUGGAGGAGGAGAGGGACUUCUUGCGGUGUCAGCUGGACAAGUUCAUCUCCUCUGCCCGUAUGGAUGCAGAGGACCACUGCCGAGUGAAGCCUGGGCCCCGGCGGGUUGAGGGUGACGGCCGAGGUGGGGCCGGGGGUGAGGCCUCGGACCCUGAGUCUGCCGCCUCCUCGCUCAGUGGAGCAUCUGAAGAAGGCAGUAACGUGGAGAGGAAGAGGCAGAAGCAGAAGGGAGGUGCUGGCCGGAGGCGCUUCGGGAGGCCUAAGGCCCGGGAGAGGCAGCGGGUGAAGGACGCGGAUGGAGUCCUCUGCCGUUAUAAGAAGAUCCUGGGCACCUUCCAGAAGCUGAAGAGCAUGUCUCGGGCCUUUGAGCACCACCGCGUGGACCGCAACACGGUGGCGCUGACCACGCCCAUCGCCGAGCUGCUCAUCGUGGCCCCCGAGAAGCUGGCGGAGGUGGGAGAGUUCGACCCCUCCAAGGAGCGUCUGCUCGAGUACUCGCGCCGCUGCUUCCUGGCCCUGGACGACGAGACCCUCAAGAAGGUGCAGGCCCUCAAGAAGAGCAAGCUGCUGCUUCCCAUCACCUACCGCUUCAAGCGGUGAUCCUGCCCCACCUGGCCGGGACACCCCCGCCGGCCCCCACUCCGCCCCUCCGGUACCCGGGCGAGCGUGUGCAUGAGUGCUGUGCCCCUCUCGAGGGCCUCGCGGGUGGGCGGCGUGUGCCUCUCCUCCUGCAGACCCCCACUCCCGCCCCAGGUCCCUUGUAUAUAGAUCCGCCCCCCUUGCCUCCCACAUUCCCAGCAUCCUCCCCUUCCUCCGCAUUCCCUGUGGUGGGG